CCUCGCCAAGGACAACCGUGGUGGAACGACGCCUGAUUAAAUUGAAUAAUGAAGCCUCUGUGGAAAGCCGCAGAUUGGCACCCUUCAGGCGGAGAUUGACAGUCAGCAAUGACAGCCCAACUCUUUGGAAGAAAAAAGAAAGCGCGCGUUUUGAGGACUGGGGAUAAUUCUUCCAAAAAUGGGCAGCUGCCCUUGUGAAAACAUCAAACAGAACUUGUUAUUCCCAUACCUUGUGGUUUGGCUAACGGGGACACCAGUGGGAAAACAAGACGACAUAUUUCAGUAGGACUCAUUUUGGCAUUUAAAGUGUGCACAAUGAACGCAUCGGAGAUGACCAACUUCGGCGAUGGAGAGGGAUUUUUCAACAGAACGGACCACAGCGUGCCGCCUGAAAAACUUUUGUUCGGGAUUGGCAUGGACAACUUCAUCACGCUUCUUGUAUUUGGGCUCAUUUUCGCUCUGGGUGUGAUGGGUAACUCCAUGGUUAUAACGGUUCUUGCCAGGAGUAAGCCCGGGAAACCACGGAGCACCACUAACAUCUUUAUCCUAAACCUGAGCGUCGCCGACCUGUCGUACCUGCUCUUCUGUGUCCCGUUUCAGUCUACAAUUUACAUGUUACCAACGUGGGUUCUGGGUGCCUUCAUUUGUAAAUUCACCCACUACUUCUUCACGGUCUCCAUGUUGGUCAGUAUUUUCACUCUGUCAGCGAUGUCCGUGGAUAGGUACAUAGCCAUAGUCCACUCGAGAAAGUCGUCCUCCAUCCGUGUGGCGAGGCAUGCCCUGGUCGGUGUGGUCAGCAUUUGGAUCCUCUCCCUGGCCAUGGCAGCACCUGUGGCAUACCACCAGAACCUAUUUGAGACUCCUGGAAAUAAUACAUUCUGCUGGGAAAUAUGGAACAACAACAACCAUAGGAAAAUCUAUGUGGUGUGCACGUUCGUCUUUGGUUACGUCUUGCCUCUUUUAUUAAUAUCUUUCUGUUACACAAAGGUUUUAAAUCACCUUCAUAAAAAGCUCAGAAACAUGUCCAAAAAAUCAGAAGCGUCCAAGAAAAAGACUGCUCAGACGGUGUUGGUGGUGGUGGUGGUCUUCUGCCUGUCCUGGCUGCCCCAUCACGUCGUGCACCUGUGGGUGGAGUUCGGACAGUUCCCCCUCAACCAGGCGUCGUUCUGGUUCCGCGUGACGGCACACUGCCUGGCCUACAGCAACUCCUCCGUGAACCCCAUCAUCUACGCUUUCCUCUCUGAGAACUUCCGCAAGGCCUACAAGCAAGUCUUCAAGUGCCAGAUCACCGGCUCAGACUCACCACUCAACAACAUCAAGGAGAUACGCAGCAAAGCCGACACGCCGCCCUCCACCAACUGCACCAACGUCUGACCUGACCAUAAAUAUGGCAAACUGUCAUAAAUAUGGCAAACUGUCUUAAAUAUGGCAAGCUGUCAUAAAUAUGGCAAGCUG